GAAUCUUGCUUCAUCUUCUCUUCUGCAGGUUUUUGGGUCCUGCUGCAGAUGAAGCCUGUCAGUAUGUGACUAGAAUUGUGGGUAAAAACCCGUUACUCCUAAGAGAACUGAAUCUGAGUGAACAUGAACUAGGAGACACACGAGUGAAUCAGAUCGCUGCUCUACUGCAGGAUAAACACUGUCAACUCAACACACUGAUUCUGUGUUUAUGCAGUAUUACAGAGGAACAGUGUCUCAUCCUGACUUCAGCUCUGAAAUCAAACCCAUCACACCUGAGAGAACUGAACCUGAGCUGGAAUAAACUAGGAGACUCUGGAGUGAAAAACCUCAGUGAUCUACUGAUGAACACACAAUUAAAACUAGGAAAACUACAGUUAGAAUACUGUGAAAUGACAGAUGAAGGUUGUUCUGCUCUGACUUCAGCUCUGAAAUCAAACCCAUCACACCUGAGAGAACUGAACCUGAACUGGAAUGAACUAGGAGACUCUGGAGUGAAAAACCUCAGUGAUCUACUGAUGAACAUACAAUUCAAGCUGAAGAAACUACAUCUGUGUAAUUGCAGUAUUACAGAGAAACAGUGUCUCAUCCUGACUUCAGCUCUGAAAUCAAACCCAUCACACCUGAGAGAACUGGACCUCAGUGGGAAUCAAAUAAAAAACACAGGAGUGAAUCACUUAUGUGACGUACUGAAGGAUUCACACUGUAAACUGGAGAGAUUGAGGUUAAGCAACUGUUAUAUGACAGAUGAAGGUUGUUCUGCUGUGACUUCAGCUCUGAAAUCAAACCCAUCACACAUGAGAGAACUGAACCUGGGCUGGAAUAAACUAGGAGACUCUGGAGUGAAAAACCUCAGUGAUCUACUGAUGAACACACAAUUCAAGCUGGAGAAACUACAUCUGUGGGAUUGCAGUAUUACAGAGGAACAGUGUCUCAUCCUGACUUCAGCUCUGAAAUCAAACCCAUCACACCUGAGAGAACUGAACCUGAGCUGGAAUCAAAUAAAAAACACAGGAGUGAAUCACUUAUGUGACGUACUGAAGGAUUCACACUGUAAACUGGAGAGAUUGAGGUUAAGAUACUGUGAUUUGACAGAUGAAGGUUGUUCUGCUGUGACUUCAGCUCUGAAAUUAAACCCAUCACACCUGAGAGAACUGAACCUGAGUGAGAAUAAACUAGGAGACUUUGGAGUGAAAAACCUCAGUGAUCUACUGAUGAACACACAAUUCAAGCUGGAGAAACUAGA